AGCAGAUAUAAGCAGCAGCCAGUGGUGAAUGGAUGUCAAACUGAAAGAGAGAGUAACCACAGCUGUGCAGUAUCCCACAGAUUCUAUUGAGAUUAUUGAGAAUUCAAGAACAGAUCAGGUGCUACAGAAAACUAAGACAAGAACCAAUCACAGAUGGAGCUUCUCACAACCACCCUCAUCAUCGUCCUCCUCACAACAGCCUCUGCGAAGCCGUUUGCUUGGCGACAGAGUUAUGAUGCUGACAUCCCUGACAGGAAACAAGGAUGGAUGAACAGGUUUACGUGGUCUCGUGGUGAAUCCUCCCGCUACAAACACUCUUCUUCAGAAUCAGAUCAAUCACUGGAGUCGGGGGAGUCUAGAGAAUCUUCAGAAAGUCAAGCUUCAGACGAGUCCUCUGAGGAAGUCCUCAUCAUCGAUCAGACCACACCAGUCAUGAGCACCACUGCUGUGUCGGCCAUCACUACAGGAGCUGUGAGUACGGUCACCCCAGAACCAGGCACAGCGAGCACAGAUGAGCCAAAUGUUACACCUCCGCCAGCAGCAACACCUACACCUGGUGUUGCCACAACACCUACACCUGGUGUUGCCACAACACCCAACAUCGUGACUCAUUGUGUUACUGAGGAAAUUCCAACAAAAUCUCCUAUCACAGAAAACAGAGGAGACAACUAAGCAACUGUGAUCCCUCUUAACAACAAACAAGCACAAUUCUAUUCAAAAUGUGCCAUUUUCAGGACAUUUUGAGUUGUGAGAAUUAAAUCUUAUCAUUUCAAGAAUCAAAAAGGUUAUUGUACAGAUAAUCAGUGGAAAUCAUUUUUUUUCUUUAAUAUAUCUUCAAUAGCUAGCUUUUCUUUGGUUUUUCUACUGCUUUGUGGCAAUUUGAAAAUUGUUUUUCCAUCAGUAACAUAUAAAUGCUUGAAGAAGCAGCUGGCAGGUUUCUCAGUUAAUAGGCCAACAGCAGUGGAGGUCUCCCGCCCUGUUUCCAAAUUUAAAUGUUCCAGUAACUUACAAUGAUGUUUACAGACAGAAAGUCUUUGGAUCCACAGAUUUCGAUUCAGCCGCACUAAUCAAGCAGCUCCACCCAAUCACAGCACAACCCCAGAAAAUGUCUCUACAACUAAACUUUAAAGUUUCAUGUUCAGGCCAGUAAUAUUGUUCUAAGGUUUGGACAUUCAAAGUAAAAACAGUCUCACCACUGGCUUACAGAUUCACAGUUUUAAUGUUUGAUGCCACUGCUGGUUAUCUAAAGUUGAAUGUUCAGUAACACGUGUCUGCACAUAUUAAUAGAUUAUAUUAAUAGGGGCAUUAUUGAAUACUUAAAUACGUACAUUGUUGUUAUAUAUUGUUAAAAAUCAACAAAAUAAAUUUGACAAUGUGUAUUUAUACAUAUAUAUAUAUAUAUAUAUAUAUAUAUAUAUAUAUAUAUAUACGUGUGUUAUUUGGUUUUGAAUCCACCUUCAGAUGUAUUAUUGAUAUAACAUUUUUUUGUUUGUUCAGUUUUUCUGUUGAUGAUAUCCAGCAUUUUAACCACUAAAUGGUGAUGUUGCAAAGCAAUUUUCACAGAGGAAGGACAGUUUUGAAAAAUGAUGUAUAGUGUCAUGAAGUAAUCUAUGGCUCUGUCAUGUUACACCUCAAGUAUUAACUGGCUAGGAAAAUAGAAGCAGGCUACUUCAGUGGAUCCAGUGUGCCAAAUAAAAGUUGUACAAAAAGUAUUAUCAGUAUUAGCAGAGCAGAUCUAUGUGGAAGAUCUAUGUGGACAAUCUAUGUGGAAACUCAGUGUUUCCACAUAGACCUUCAGUGUUUCCACAUAGAUCCUCAGUGUUUCCACAUAGAUCUGCUUCUGAAAUACUAUUUAAAGUGAUUUUCUCAAGCUUGAGCCUGUGCAAUAAAUUUGUUGAAAUGUAAAAGAUAGAAGUAAAGGCAUAAGUAGAUAGACAAGUAUCAUUACAUAAUGAACUGAAAUCUGAUGCCAAAAAAGUCAACCUUCUGUAUGAAGCAUCCAGAGUAUGUAGUCCACAGUCUGCAGACCAUGGAGGGCGUGUCCUGUUUGUCUUUUUUGCUCUCAUCUAUUGUCUGUACAUGCUGAAGAAGAAGAGUUAUUGCCAUAGUGGGUUGUUUUAAUUAUGGGCUAUCUUUUCCCAAAUUAAACAUGACUUAGAGGGCUGAAGACAAUACCUUAAUGGUGGUUUGCAUGGUCUUAAACAUGUGUUGUACUUCAUUGUGUUGAAUUGAAUUUGCUGUGCAUGAUUGAAUGUUUUGUAUACAGUAUUGAUUUUUCUUCUCAUGAAAAAUAAAGUAUCUAAAUUAGA